GGUAGUGAUGUUUCACUUUUUUCUGCGUUCUCGCGGCACGUUGAGAGGGAUGUGGUAUUUGGUUUACGAAAGCCAAGUGUGGUAGUUGUCAGGGAUACUUAACCCGUGUAGUGUUCGCUUUAUACGAAUUUUCGUGGCUGAUUACACAUUUAUAAUUUUUUCCUGCAUUUUCUUGGGCAUACUGAUAAAUCGUUUUUAAAAGAAUACACAAAUGACGACGGGGAUCGAUAAGGAAGAAUUGCGGAAGCGGCUAACACCGUUGCAGUGGCACGUUACUCAGGAAAAAGGAACUGAAAGGCCAUUCACAGGGGCUUAUAAUAAGUGCUAUGAAAAAGGUACAUACACUUGUGUUGUAUGUGGCCAGGAAUUGUUUUCUUCUGAUACCAAAUAUGAUAGCGGGUGUGGCUGGCCGGCAUUCAAUGAAGUAUUGGAUCAAGGUCGAAUCAAACUAACCAAAGAUGUUUCGCAUGUCGGUGGAAAUCUACUAUUGCUGAUCGCAAACCCAGAUAUGAUGCGGACGGAGGUGACCUGUUCAAAAUGUGGAGCACACCUGGGCCAUGUAUUCAAUGACGGACCAAAACCAACGAGGAAGAGGUUCUGUAUCAAUUCAGCAUCCAUAAUUUUCUACGAAGCGGAAAAGGACAAGAAAUCAAGCACAUAAACCUAUCAAUUUUUUUGUAACGAAAAAUUAUAAAUAUGAUGUAUUUCUAACAUGUUUCAAAUUUCUCACAGUCAUAAUCUUCAUUAAGUUCUUAUUUAAUUCAUUUAAUUGUAAUUACUGAAACUCAUACGAAUGUCCAAUAAUAAUGGUGAAGCAAUUUCCAAUGACACAAUACAAUUUCCAUUGUAUAUCGAACGUUUAACAUAAUACACUAUUAAAUCUUUCGAGGCACUUCAUACCGCCUAUUGAAUUAGAAAAAUUGGUAUAUGAUUGCCAGAAUAUGCAUUCAUGUAAUGAAUGACCUGAAAAAGUUGAAACAACUUCACUAAAGAUAAACUUAUUUUAUUUUCGCAUCAGCUGUGUAACGCGAGUUUAGAUAUGGUGUAAAUAAUAGAGAUGUAAUAUAAUAUGCCCUUGUUAAAUUUCUAACCAUUACGUAGCAGUUGACAUCUGAACGGGCCGCAACAAAUAUAGGAGAAUCCCUGCAGAAAUAGACCACAGAAAAAAUAGGCCAAUGUUAUUUUUCCUAUGGUCUAUUUAAGUUGGGUGAGUUUAAACACGUUUUGGAUGCGCGGACUAUUUUUUCCUAAUCUAUUUCUUUUGCCUACCAAUGUAGGAAUACGAUGGACAUUUAAUUUGUGGUACUACGACCACUUUUAUAACUCUGUAAAAAAUGUAGAAUCCCCGAAGAAAUAGAUCAAUGUUAAUUUUCCUCUGGCCUAUUAAAUCGACUGUUUUAACACGUUAUAGAUGUGUCUGCUAUUUUUGUCUUGGUCCAUUUCUUCUGCCUACUCAAAAUUUUAGGUACGCUUCGAAUAGCAUUAGUUGAUUACAUUUUUUUGAGAAGGUCAUUUGCUGCGUCGAUGAAUAAUAAGCAAUACUGCAUUGAUAAGUCUGCAUAUUUACUCGUAUCAAUAUCGGCCAAGUGGAGGUUUUAACGGUUUGAUGUCACACGCCAAUGCUGUCGCGUAUAAUAUACACGACACAAUCGCGUAUAAUAUACACGACACAACUACUCCAAAAAUGUGUUUGAUUUUUCUCCUCGUACUACGAGAAUUUUUCGCAAAAUCAGGCCUUAGUUACAUUAUAUAAGUUGUCUGUGAGCUUUAUGAAGAUAUUUUUACUUUUUCGAUUAAAUCACUAAAUAAAAUUAUCCUCCCAUAGCAA